AACAAGUCAGACGCCCUUGUUGGUCUACCCCACAUAUCAGCUUCAUGAUCUUCAGCCAGCCAAUUCAGGGGAAAACCUUGCGCCACAAUCCCACUCAACGGCACCCAUUCUUUCGCACCAUCACUUCUCACCAAAGGUUUCCUUUUUGCAGGCCACUUCUCAAACUCUUUCAACACCACCUCCGCAAUGGCAUCCCCCGAAAUCUCCAUCACAUGACUGGAGAUGUAGUUGGAAGGGGAGGAGAAGGAGAAGGCUGAUAACGGAUUUACGCGAGACGUCAUGCCUUCCAGCCUCGCAUCCGAGCAUCCCAACUUCAAUCAAGAAUGAGAGACACAACAUCGCGCCUUCCGCACAAAGGUUCGCAUUCCUGCAUAUUUUGAAUAUGAAUCCUCUAAUAUCCAAAGCCCGAAGGCCGAAAUUUGAGCUGAUUCUUAGAGUAAUCGACCUCAACAAUGUCCCCCUCGUCACCGGAACAUCCUAUAUAAAAUGGCACCUCCCUUCGUCCACCUCCGCCGAGCACCGCGGACGAACAGAACGAGCACCGAUAAAAGACCAUAAAGUCGCCUGGGACUAUUCACGAACAAUCCCCGUGCGACUCACAAUUGACAAAUCCAACAAGCUCCAAGAAUGCCUUAUCAAUUUCGAAGUGGUACAAGACUAUGGCUCUGGUGUGCGAGGCGAGAAGAUAACGUUGGGACAUGUGACGUUGAAUCUGGCCGAAUAUGUCGAGGACAGUGAGAUGGGCCCGGAUGGCGAGGAGGGUGUGAUGAGGAGAUAUUUGAUGCAGGAGAGCAAGAUUAAUAGUACGUUGAAGAUUGGGAUUACGAUGAAGCAGAUUGAUGGGGAGAGGAACUUUACAGCGCCGCCGUUGAAGACCGCGCCUGUUUUUGGGGGCAUUGCGGGGAUUAUGGCGGGGGAACAGGCGGAACAAGAUGAUGUUGACAUGCCUUCGAUAAGCAAGUCCAGAGAUCAUGGCGAGCUGCAAGAUAUGUAUCGCCGAGCACUAGCAGCAUCCUGGGCCGCAAAUUCGUCAGAAUUACCAGCCGAUAAAUGCAUUGAAGAUAUCUUCAAUGGGGGAGACGGAUGGAAAUACGAGAAGAACGAAAAGCCAGCCACACCUCGCGUGAUCGAUGAGAAUAGUGCGAGUGAUGAGCAUCUACAUCGGCAUCACAGAAAUCUGUCAGGGGCUAGCUCUCAUUCACAGUCUACGAUCACGGUAGCGAGGAAUAAAAUUAGGUUGGGUCAUAAACAUAACGGCAGUCGUGAAUCACUGGGGCCAGAUUCGGCGAAUGGGCUUGAUACUUCUUCUGAAAGCUCCGAGAGAGGAAGAACGGGGUUUAGAAAGGCGAAGGAGGUAGAUGAGUUCGAUGUUCGAGACGACUUGGUUGCUUGGAGGUUGCCAGGUCAGAAGUCGGGAACUGUGUCGUGAGAUUUGUCCAUACGGAGCUUCUGGUCAAUGAGAGAUGUACAUACGGGACAACUCGGGGCGUUUGGAGAGAUUUUGAGUAGAAUAUCGGCGUCCUGAGCGUACUGGUGCUGUUCAUCUGAGUCAUUCUUCCGGAGGCCAU